UUACCCAAACAAAUAAUCUGUAAAAAUUGUUCCUUUGGAGAUGUGCAUAAUAUUGUUGCAUAGUUCUAUUAAUCAAUGAACAGCUAGAAAGAACACAUUUGGGCUGAAAUUUUUGGUUUAAAAGGAAUGAAAGAUCAAUCUUGGAGAUGGGUUUUAGGUUUGGUUUAUAUAUUAACAGUUGCUUCAAUAUGGAUUGCUGCUAGUUUUGUAGUUCAAUCUGUUGUUGAUGCUGGUGUUUCACCUUUUCUUGUUACAUACCUUUGCAAUUCUUUAUUCAUAGUAUAUAUUCCCCUUAUUGAGAUUGUACGUUUUCUUGAAGAUAAAUAUGGGAGUUUGUUGUUUUGGAGAAAGAAUAAGAAUAAAGAUAGCAUUUUGAAUGAUUCUGAGGAAACUAUUCUUCUUGAUGAUGAUGGGGUUGUUGUUGGUGAUGGUGAUGAUGGGGUUGUUGUAUUAAAGGAAGGAAUUGUGGAUCAAAGUGUUGUUGUUGAUGUUGGUUUGGAUGCGAAAGGGCGUUGGACAAGGUCUAGAGUAGCGAAAGUUAGCUUGUUGAUAUGUCCUUUUUGGUUUCUUGCACAGCUUACAUUCAAUCUAUCACUCAAAUAUACUACUGUUACGUCGAACACCAUCUUAAGCAGUUCCUCCAGCUUGUUUACUUUUCUGGUGUCUCUUGUAUUCUUGGGAGAAGUUUUCACAUGGGUGAAGCUGUUCAGUGUUCUACUUUGUAUGGGAGGAACAAUCAUUGUGAGCUUGGGUGACUCAAAAUCAGGAACCAACAAAGUUGCUUCAAACCCUGUUCUUGGAGACAUUCUUUCUCUCCUCUCAGCUGCUUUGUAUGCUGUUUAUAUAACCCUCAUUCGUAAAAAGUUACCUGAUGAUGAUGGGAAAAGUGGCCACGCCAGUAUGGCACAGUUUCUUGGAUUUUUGGGUUUAUUCAACAUGCUGAUAUUCUUACCCAUACCUCUUGUACUCAACUUUGCUAACCUUGAGCCAUUUAACACGCUCACCUGGGAGCAAGUUGGCCUAAUUGUUGGUAAAGGUAUGUUUGAUAAUGUGCUGAGCGAUUUACUGUGGGCCAAGGCCAUUCUUUUGACGUCCACAACAGUAGCAACAGCGGGACUCACCAUUCAGGUCCCGCUAGCUGCAAUCGUGGAUACACUGACAGGAAAUGCACCGCCCAUCUUGGAUUACAUCGGAGCUGCAGCUGUUAUGGUUGGUUUUGCAGGCAUUAACAUCCCUUCAGAUUCAUGUUCAGUACCAGAAGAAGCAAACAUUGAACUAGAAAAUGGGAAAACUCAGUCCACAGAACAGGAUCACCUAUCGCCAGGUAGAUUAGAGAGCUAGCUCUUUUGCUCCACGUAUCGUAGUUCAGGUGUAUCUUAUGUUAAUCUUACUUGAGCGUUACAGAAAGGAACUCGAUGUAUUCUUUGUCUACGUCCCUGAGCAUGUUCAAAGCUCAAUGACACCCACACUCUUAGGUCAGUUCGCUGCAAAGUAUAGGCGUGUGCAGAUAACAAUUAAAACCCCCAAAAUUCUGUACUUAAAUAUGUAAAAGACAUGAUAUCGAGUGAGAAUUAUCUCUUUCAAUU